UUCUAUCAUUCAAGAACUAAAAAAGUAGCCAUUUUAAACGAUUAUUAGACCAAAAAUGUCCCUAACAAUUAGACUACAUAUCACUAAUACUGCACAGUUACAUUCCACAAUCAAGAAAUGCCAUUACAGCACCAAAUUUAAGACCAAACCCAUAUACCAUUCCAAUCCGUUUGCCCCAUUUUUGCUCAUCCAUAAAGAGAUGGCUUCUUUAUCAUCUCCUUCUAAUAAGGGUUCUUUGGUAGUGAAAAGUUCUUUGAUUGAGCCAGAUGGGGGUCAAUUGGUGGAUCUUGUGGUGCCAGAGAUCCAAAGAGCAGCCAAAAUUUCAGAUGCUGAAACAAUGCCGAAGGUGAGGCUUACAAAGAUUGAUCUUGAGUGGGUUCAUGUUAUAAGUGAGGGUUGGGCUAGCCCACUAAAAGGGUUCAUGAGAGAAGAUGAGUAUUUACAGAGUUUGCAUUUUAAUUGUUUGAGAAUGAAAGAUGGGAGUGUUGUGAAUAUGUCCCUUCCUAUUGUGUUGGCCAUUGAUGAUGAGGUUAAGGAAAGAAUUGGAGUCUCUAAUAAUGUUGCAUUGAUUGGUCCUAAUGAUGAUUUGGUUGGCAUUCUUAGAAGCAUUGAAAUAUACAAGCAUAACAAAGAAGAGAGAAUUGCUAGAACAUGGGGAACCACAGCUCCCGGAUUACCUUAUGUUGAGGAGGUAAUUACGCCUGCUGGAAAUUGGCUCAUUGGUGGAGAUUUGGAAGUUUUACAGCCUAUCAAAUAUAAUGACGGCCUCGACCACUACAGACUUUCUCCGCAACAACUCCGUAAAGAAUUUGAUAAACGCCAAGCAGAUGCGGUUUUUGCUUUUCAGCUAAGGAAUCCUGUUCAUAAUGGUCAUGCUUUAUUAAUGAAUGAUACUCGCAGGAGACUUCUUGAAAGUGGGUACAAGAAUCCAAUUCUUUUGCUUCAUCCUUUAGGAGGUUUCGUAAAGGCUGAUGACGUGCCACUUGAUGUUCGUAUGGAACAACAUAGCAAGGUACUAGAAGAUGGGGUUCUCGAUCCCGAGACUACAAUUGUAGCUAUUUUUCCCUCACCAAUGCUUUAUGCUGGACCAACUGAAGUACAAUGGCAUGCAAAGGCACGGAUAAAUGCAGGUGCUAAUUUCUACAUUGUAGGCCGUGAUCCUGCUGGAAUGGGCCACCCAACAGAAAAGAGGGAUUUGUAUGAUCCGGAUCAUGGGAAGAAGGUGCUAAGCAUGGCUCCAGGUCUGGAGAAAUUAAACAUCUUGCCAUUCAGGGUAGCUGCAUAUGAUACUGUAGAAAAGAAGAUGGCAUUUUUUGACCCUUCACGCGCUAAAGAUUUUCUCUUUAUAUCGGGAACCAAGAUGCGAACUUAUGCGAGAAACGGUGAAAACCCUCCUGAUGGUUUUAUGUGUCCUGGAGGAUGGCAAGUAUUGGUGAAAUACUAUGAGAGCUUACAGGCUGAGGAUUCGCCACAGAAGCAAACUGUUCUAUCUGCUUAGAUAGGACGAUUUUUGAAUUAGGAUUGUUUCUGUAAUUUCAAAGUUUUGCACAUGGUUAUUCAUGAAUUAAGGUUUAAUUUAGCAGAUAGAAAUCCUUCGUGUUCUUGGCAAAAUUUCUUAAUAUAAAAAUCUAGGAUUAAACACAA